UAAACCCGGACAAUUGUUGUGCUCAAGUUUACUGCUUAUUUACCGGGCUGGUCAUUUCUGUGCGGGUUUAACCAUCAUUAUUCCAGCAUCGACAUGACUAACCUACAAUCCCUGAGUAUUUUCCUAACGGAGCGCUUAAUGAUGGCGGCGCAGGACAUUUAUAAAGCCGUGGAGGUUACAGUUUCAGAAUACCACGAUGAAAUAUCCCGCUGCAGACACGAAAGCGAGCUGCUCAGGAGGAAACUCUUGGAGGCUGGUAUUGAAUUUUACCCGGAAGUACAGCCUGGCCCCUCUGUCCUACCUGCAGAAAGCUGCAUAGGAUCCGAUGGCUUAAUCUCAGACGAAGAGCUGCAGGUCAAGCAGGAGCUCAGCGCUGCCAAGCAGAACCCAGACCUACCUCCCCCUCAGGAAACCAUGCCCGAAGAACCCGGUCCUCCAAAUCCCUGCUUAGAAGCCGACCGGGGGAUGGAAAACAUGUUCCAGACACAGUCGCCGGAAAGCAGCGUGAAUCUUUUACUCGAAGCUCAGCCGUGCAUGCAGAUCAAAGAAGAAUUAAGGGAAUCGAAGUCCGAUUUGGAGACGGAGAUUUUCUGCCAAUCGCAGACGAGCGUCUCGGUGAAUCCGAGCAGUGCAGGGCUUGAGAUUGAACUGGACAGACUAUCAUCUAUGCACAAAGACCCAGAGCUUCCUAUACCAACCAGAGUGGCAGCUGGUCAACCUGACCGAGACGAUCAUUAUGAUCCUUUAAACCAGAAUAAGGAGCAGAUCCAGAGGAGAGAACGGAGAGCGUGUGGAAUGAACAAAUUACCGAAACCCGGAAGAGAGAGAACAGAAAAUCUCAGAGCUUGUAGGAAAAAGGACAGAAUUCCUGAGGUCAUGCUGAUGGAUGAGGAGCAAAGCUUGCCAAUGUUUCAGGAAGGCAUGAAGGAUAAAGAUCUCCAACUUUCCUGUGACCCCUCAUCAGCUUAUCCAAAUCAUCCCGACGGGACUCAAUGUGUGGUAUGCGGCCGGGGUUUCGCCUCUCGUGGACUGUUGAAAAUUCACCUCCGAGUUCAUUCGGGCGAGAGGCCGUACCACUGCCCUUACUGUAAUAAAAACUUCAGACAGUCCAGUCAUCUUAACGUGCACGUUCGGAUCCAUACGGGGGAAAAGCCAUACACCUGUCUGACGUGUGGGAAGAGGUACAGCGACCGGAGCGCGUGCAACCGACACGUUAAAGCUCAUCUAGAAAAUCAGUAACGUGGCCCUAAUACCAAGGGUUUAAUGGAACGUAGGAUGUUUAUUUAAGAUAUUUAAGAUUUUGUACACUGUGAUUUUAGGACUACAGACUUAUUAUUAGUAUUUAUUUAUUUUUGUUUAAUGAGAUUUUAUACUGUUGUAUACUGUUUUUAUCAAGCCGCUUUUUUAUGGCAAAGGUUUUAGAACUAAAGGACAAUUAGAUUUUAGGCAGAUUUUCUUGGGUAGUUUUUAUUGUACACAUUGGAAAGCUAUCAUAGUGAUGUUCAUAGUUCCGGCUUUGGUAGGAGAUUACUACCAGGUAAUUAAACCAUUUCUAUUGUACUGAAACCAUGUCAUUUGUGAUCAUGACAUGUGGUACAAUUCAAAGAUUAAAUCCUUUAGACCGA